UGUGAAGUUCUGCUUCCGGUUUUGUGCGACGGAAGUAGCGAAAGCGCAGUGCGCCGCAGAGUGCAAGCCGAGGUCGCUAUGAGCGGUGUCCUGUGUUCUCGGACUGCGGGAGCGGUCCGGGCUCUGCGGCUCGUAGGCUGGGCUUCGCGAAGCCUGCAUCCGCCGCUCCAUGGCCGGUCUCCAGCCCAGCCUACAGACAGGGAAGAGGAGGAGGGAGACCCCAACCUCCCCAUCCAGUUUUCCUCCAGCAAAGCCACCCCAGUCCGCUGGACGGUGGAGCAUUCCCUGGGGAAGAAUGAGCGGCGGCCCUGGUGGAAAGUGCUGCCUAUCACCCUCACCCUCACAGUUCUGAUCCUAUGGUGCUAUCUGAGGCCGGAGACCAGCGCGGACCAGUGGUUGAGAGAGGUGCUGGGCGAGGUGAACGAGGAGGACGAGGAAGAGCCGGACAGUCGUCUGGAGGAGCCCGAAGCUCCGGCUUUCUACGAAGCUAGAACGUAACAGGUUUCCUACAGAGGAAGGAAACAGACAGCCCUCCUUCUGUUUCGUUGUCGAGUUUGGCGAUUUCUGACCCGGUUCUGCGUGUGUCUUCGAUGCUUUUAAAGGACUUGGAUGGCGCUCUUGGCGCUGAGACGCGAGAACACAGCACGGAAUUGGAUCCUCGAAAUCUGAUCCUUGCCAGACACCAAUGCCCAGUGAUUACGUCCAAAAGGACUUUUGAGGCUCAUAGAAAAGGUUUUGGCUGCACCGUGUGCUGUUGGAUUUGUGAUAUGUUUGUACAACCUAAUCAUGUUUCCAGAGCACUUCUGGUGGGGGUGGUUAUCUGCAGUUCGUUUGCUUUCUGAGACAGAAUCACUGCUGAAGUUUUACACUUUGUAUGGUGCCGUGAUGUGUACAACAUCAGUUGAAGCUAUUUUAAAUACUAACAAAUGGAAAAUACAUUUGCUAAAGUCUAAUGAACACAACUCUCCCCUC